AUUAAAAGCCAGGGUGAACGACAGAAGUCGGAUCGUCAUCGACAAGCUAAGUAUCUGAUAUAACACGCUGUCUGCUGGUACAGACACACACACAUUAUUAACUUUCUCUGGAGCUGAACGCGAACACACCAAGAUAGGAGCAGAACUCUUGUACACUGACUGGGAUCGUCAUUAAAUACCGAUUCAAGAAUCACUCUGAGUACGAGAAGUUUUUGGAGCAAAUAGCGAAUUUUCGAGCCUCCGCGGUUACGUUAGCAGAAAUAGACAAGGAAUUUUCAACUAAUGAUGAACAAAACAAUACUUGUAGCAGUCUUUGUAAUGGUUGUGGUAGCGGUUAAACAAAGCUAUGGGGCACCAAUAAGAAAGAGAAAUCUUUCGGAUAGCCAAUUGGCUACCCUUUUGAACAAUUUGGCGUCAGGCAUGGGACACGAUGCCAUGCGACAACAACUACUAGAAUUCAUACAACAACACAAUUUAAGUGUUUCUAUAACGCCCCAUACUAAGGGGAAGAGAACAAUGACAGAUGCACUGAACUCUCAAUUAAUGUCACAGAGUAUGUCUAAGUUACAAGGACAAGCACUAAUUGAAAUGUUACAAAAGCUUCAAAGAAAGUACGGCGACUUCACCAUCAGGACACCAGGAAAACGUGUCACUGCAGAUGCAUUUAUGAACGAGGCAAUGCGGAACCAAUAUUUGAGGGAUCAGGGAGCGGCUUUCAGAGAAGCACUCUUGGCUCUACAGGCUCGACAGGGCGACUUCAAAGUUGGCAAAAAAAGUGAAAACGACGUUGAGUUUGACUAACGUCACGUGACGUCCCCGCUAUGAGAAAAAAUGAAUGAGGAAGACUCUGGAUUAACGCCAUACAAGAUUAUAUUUUUGAUGUCAGAUGAUUUUAAAGAGAAAAGAAAAUAUUAAGAAUUUACUGACCAUUUUCCACGAAUACAGUUAUACGUCUUGAUGGGCGUAUUCCCUGAUUAGCCGACUCAGCAAGAGCGAGGAAGUACUCUAUCUUCGAGGUCGUGUCACUUUAUAGUCUUUGAUAAAAAGUAUCAAUUUCGGCGAGUUCUCACUACGCAUUACGAUACACGUAAUAACACACACUUCAACUAAAAAUGCCUAAUUCGGUAAAUGAAUAAAAUAAAAAAAGGACACAAUUUACAUAAUAACUUAGUAUAUUUACUUCGCAAUGCAUGAUGGGAUACUCGUUUUGUUUUUGUAUUUGUUAGGUAAGUUGGUAUUCCACCGAUCGCGUGGGAGUCGUUUCGUACUUUGAAACUGUGAUUUACCAAACGAUACAUUGUAAAAGUUAUUUAUCCAACCACACUGCUGUUUACCAGGCCUAGAAUAGGCGCAUCGAUGUUAGAGAUUACACCAAUUAUAUUUUAGCGUUAACCUCAGACCACUAGUAGUCUGAGCGUUAACAGGCAACAUUUCAGGUUGAGACUUUUGGCUAACGAUAAGUUAGUUUUUUUACUUCCUAAUUCAUCAAACUGGUGCUUGUACUAAAUAUCUCUAUAUAUGUCUAGGCUAGGUUAGAACCAAUAACAAAAACAAACCUAAUAUGUGUUUGAUUUGAUAUUAAAACAGAACAAAACAUCU